CCUCACAAGGGGAAUACAGACAAAAAAAGAAAGCCUGAAUAAAUCUUUCAUGCACGUUUGCACAGGAGGCUUUUAUUAUAAGCUGGACCUGGACUCUCACAGCUCACACAUGUGCACGUUGAACGGAACAGGAGCUCAAGUGCACAUACCCUGAUCGUCUUCCAGAACCAAUCAAUCUUUUUCAUGAAGUCCUUGCAUGGAGCUGCAGAUUCACACAGAGACUCCAUUGACACCAAGACAAAAACGCUGAAGGAAGAGAGAAGAGGGACACGAUCUACAUUAAAAAGGAGUUUGAUUCUCGGUGAUUAAAUUGUUUUGGGAAAAGACUGAAGGGAUGAAGGCACUUCAGAAAAAUCAGGGACGCACUGACCAGAUGUUAGGAGCCAUGGCUGACAUGCUUACUUCUGUGGUGAUGCCCAAUCAACAGUGGCUCUCAGAGGGUGGCGAGGUGGACCUCCCAUCAAAUGAAGUGGAAAGGGGGCCUAACCAUGGCCACUGGGGACCCGAGGGACUGGACUGGGAGCAGCCCACAGAAGGAACAGACUCGUAUUCGGCAGCAGGCAGUGAGGGCAGCAUCUCUACCUCUGUGGCGUCCCUGCCCCCACAGGCUUCAGGCAGCUCGGCCCCCAGCUCCCCUGGCUCCAAGCGUUCUGUCAGCACCCUGAAAAAAUGGCUCACAAACCCAGUUCGCAAGCUCAGUGCUGGGGCCACAGCUAAAGGGGAACGUCAAAUCCGCAAAUUUGAGGGAAAACCUACACCCCUUUCAUCCCACAGCCAGGAUCUGGGCAGCCCCCCGAAACUUGAUGGGCCGCUCACCAUCCUGCCUGUCACACACACAGAACUGGAGUGGAAAGAUGGCCUGGCUAGCCCUGAGGAUCUGUCGCCGGCGACACUCCAGUCCCCCGGUUACAUAACUGACUCGCUGAUUGGCUGCACGUCACUUCCUCACACACAGGACACUCUGGACACUCAGUCCACCUCUGUUGUAGCAGACGACAGCGCCUCUAUCCUGAUGGAUGACACCUGCAGCCAAUGGUCUUCAGCGGCUGACACUGAGGAGGAGCGGAGGAGCGCCUUGGAAAAAAGCUUAUAUGUACUGAAGGAGCUUAUUGAGACGGAGAAGCAUUAUGUAGCAGACCUGGGCCUCAUUGUAGAGGGCUACAUGGCCACUAUGAACUCUAAAGGUAUACCGGAGGACAUGAAGGGAAAAGACAAGAUUGUUUUUGGGAACAUUUACCAAAUAUUUGACUGGCAUAAAGACUACUUCUUGGGGGAGCUGGAGAAGUGUUUGGCAGAGCCAGAGAGACUGGGUCAGCUCUUCAUUAAACACGAGCGGCGUCUGCAUAUGUAUGUGGUGUACUGUCAGAACAAACCCAAGUCGGAGCACAUUGUCUCAGAGUACAUUGAAACCUACUUCGAGGAGAUACGGCAGCAGCUGGGUCACAGGCUGCAACUCAAUGACUUGCUCAUCAAACCCGUCCAGAGGAUCAUGAAGUACCAGCUGCUGCUCAAGGACUUCCUGAAGUAUUACACCAAAGCUGGCAUGGACACGGAAGAGUUGGAGAAAGCAGUAGAAGUAAUGUGCUUUGUGCCAAAACGUUGCAAUGACAUGAUGAAUGUGGGUCGACUACAAGGCUUUGAGGGGAAGAUCACAGCCCAGGGGAAGCUGCUCCAGCAGGACACCUUCACCGUUACCGAGCAGGACAUUGGCUUCCUGUCGCGAGCCAAAGAAAGAAGGAUCUUCCUGUUUGAGCAGCUGGUCAUCUUCAGUGAGCCUAUUGAUAGGAAGAAGGGGUUUUCACUUCCAGGGUACAUCUUUAAGAAUAGUAUCAAGGUGAGCUGCCUGGGGGUGGAGCCCUCUUUGGACGGAGAUGAUGCACGCUUUGUGUUGACAUCACGCAAUUCCGAUGGGAGCGUGGUGCGCUUCCAGUUGCUGGCCUCCUGCCCGGACACGUGCAGAGCUUGGGUAAACGAUGUGGUUCAGAUCUUGGAAACACAGCGCAACUUCCUCAAUGCCUUACAGUCCCCUAUCGAGUAUCAACGACGAGAAAGCAAGUCCAACAGCCUGGGUCGCUGCAUGAGGCCGCCCCCGUCCACCGGCAGUGCCCUUAGGCCCCACUCCUCUGCUUCAAUCGACCGCCACAGACUGCCCUCCCUCCAUUCUCAUAACACCUCUCUGCCUGCCCUCUUCCUGCCCAGCCAAGGCCCGGUUCGAGGUCCCAGUGAGACCUUCUUGCUGCAGGAUGUACCUGCUCUGGUGCCGCCACGUACCGCUGGCAGCGUUUCUCCAUCGCAUGUCCAGCUGACCUUGUCCGAUCAGCAGAGCUGUCCCACUGUUUCCAAUGGCCUCUACACACCCCCAACACAGACUUCACAGAGAGCAGGCGAUGGUUGCCGCAGGGGUCAGGCGGCAGAUUCUGGAAGCCAGGCUCCGUUUUCCGGUCCCUCAGCUGGACGACGCCCUAGCAACCUCGCCCAGCUUUCUGAAGAUGACCUAUAAACUCUGGUGGCUUCUGUCUCGUGAGUCAGCGAGACAGCACGAAGACCAGAAAACAUGAAGACGGCCCCUAAAUCUGCUUCAGGAAUCUGAAGGAACCUAUGAAGGAACCUAAGGCUGCACCUGUAAAAUGACUUUUUUGUUUCUUAGAGAGAGACAGCUUUCCAAUGUUGAUGAAGGUGCAGUCAUCUUGUGUGCACAUGAACUUCAAUCGCCCAGCUGGAUGUCACUGGGCCCCCAAAGAAAAGACAAUCAGUGUUCUGACAAUUACUGCUUUGUACUUGUUUGUAUGUGGGGCAGUUUGAGCAUCAAAUAUUCAUUCCGAAGUGGGGCGGUCACUGGAGUGUGCCUUUCAAUGUGUGUGCAGCAAUGUGUGGACAUUUGUGCGUGCAUGAGAAUGUGCAUGAGCUCCUCCUGUACUUACCGCUAAUGUUUUUCUUUUCGCCCCUUUGGAAAGAACUGAGAACUGCAGUAACACAUGCCGUACUACAUGCAGUAAUACAUGCAGUAAUACAUGCAGUAAUACAUGCAGUAGUGCAUGCGGGGAUUCCUCGGUUAACUGUUGAGUUGGCUAUUUAUGUUUCACACACACAAAAAGUGUUAUGUACAUGAGGGGACUUGCAUCUUCACCUCUGCAGAAACCGUUUCUUAGGUUUCCUUCGGCUUUUCGCUGGACUUGCACCACCUGCAGGUCAAAGGUCAAGUGGCGCAGAUCAGAUUGGACAGUGUUGGACACCGCUACGAUAGCAAGGAUGUUUAUUUCAUCUGUUUUUUUUUUUUUUAUCUGGUGUCCCUUUUGUUUUUUAUAAUUUGAAAUGUCCAACAAUUAAAAACCUGUAAUCAGUUGUUUGCUUUCU